AUGGAUUAUUCAUCAAGUUCAUCUGACAGUGAUUGGAUAGAAGAAGUAGAAGAAACGGUUGUAGCAACAAAUAUUUUGAAUCAAACAGCCAAGAACCGCAGAUUUUGGGUGCACCCUAUUAACAAGGAAAGGAAUGGAAAAGGCGUAUUUACCAACUUAUUUCCACAGUUAAUAAAUGACCCGGAAAAGUUCCAUCAAUACUUUCGUAUGUCGUAUGAUCAAUUUAGUUAUUUACAUAAUCUAAUAAAGGCCGAUAUUAAAAACAAAACACAUAAUUUCGAGCACCAGUACCGUCUGAACAGAGAUUAG